CUGGCUUUCUGCCGUUGUUUCGAGUCGAGUUGGGGGGAAAAAACAGCGGCAACGCGGAGAUGCUGAGCGGAGGGGUUUUCUGAUCGCCCUUCGGUGUUCAAUGACAUGAGCACACUUGCUAAAACACCAAAUUAUGGCAGGGAACCUCAGCUGCUACGAGUUUCAAAAUACCCCUGCCGCAUAAAAAAGCCGCAUUGUUGACGAAACUGUAACCGUGAGCAGCAAUAAUGCGAGGGGCGGACAGGAGCCGCAGGUCUGCCGUGAUUGUGCUCUGCCUGCUGGGAUGCGCUUUAUGGACGACGACCGCUAAAACACUGCAGGAGAGCAGCGAUGCCAAAGAAGUGGUGCUGAAGGUUCACCUGAGUGACUCCAGCACACAUCAGCCUCUGUCUGGUGUCACGGUGGAGGUCUUCACCAACCACACUCCUGUUUCCUCUGACGUCUCUGGUGCAGACGGCAAUGCCUUCAUCCGGUUUCCCUAUCGACUCGUUGACCUGCUUGUAGUCACCGCUACCAAGCGUGGUUAUGUGCCCAACUCCGUCCCAUGGAGACCCAGCAGGCUGCCUGUGUUCUCAUCUCUCAGUCUGGAUCUGCUUCCUGAAAGAGCUGCUACUCUGAUGGUUUAUGAAGAUGUGGUGGAGAUUGUCUCUGGAUUUCAAGGCCCAAAGUUGCAGCCGCGGGUCCAGUUCCAGAGAAGAGCAUUGAGUCUUCCUUCUAAUGCAACCUACACCAACCUGACGGCCUUCCUCACUGUGAGCAGCUCCACACAGGACACACAGUACUUUCCAUACCUGCAGGGGCUUCAUCCAAACUUCACAGGCAGUGAGCGAAAGUUUGAGCUGACUCCUAUAGCUGCACUCAGUGUCCAUCUUCUGGGCAGUGAUGGGGUGGAGCUUCACGUCAGCGAGCCAAUCAGUGUGAGCGUCCCUCUUCCUGCAAACAGUGGCUUAAAAGAGAAUGAUCACAUUCCGGCAUGGAGGUUUGACCCUAAACUGGGUGCCUGGCUGAAGAGCAGUCUUGGAUACGUCCAGAGAGAGGGCAAGCAGUUGACUCUCACGUACAUUGCCCCUCAGCUUGGCUAUUGGGUCGCAGCAAUGUCUCCUAUCAACACAGGUCCGGUGGUAGCAAAGGACAUUAGCACUUACCACACAGUCUUCCUGCUGGUCAUACUAGGGGGAAUGGCCCUCAUACUGCUGUUCCUGCUCUGCCUGCUGCUCUACUAUUGCAGGAGGAAGUGUACCCGUUUGCGGCCUGCUCACCGGAAGUUCACAUUAUCCUCAGCUUUGGAUGGCUCUAAACGAGACCAGGCUACUUCCAUGUCCCACCUUAACCUCAUCAAUGAGACUCACCUUGACCAGAACGGGGCAGAGCCGGACAUGCACACACCUAUGCUUAAACCCACUCCCUACGACUCCUCCACCAAUGAGCUUGCGACUUCGCGUGGCGAGCUUCACAGCCGAGGAUCCAACCACUACAAACACUCAGUUGAAAUAUUUCCUCUCAAAUCGGCUUGCUCAAACAAUCCCUCUGAAGGUUAUGAUUCCGCUGCUGGACGAGGGGAAUACCGACGGAGCUAUACGUCCAUUACGACUUCGUCCGUCCAUCCCCUCCACAUGUCUGUCUCCUCCUCUUCGCCUCAUACCUUGCAUCACACCACCUCUGCAGGACGUCUCUCUUCGGAGAGUAAAUCAAGCUUGCGGGAUCAACGUCUGUCUCCUGUUUCGGCCGCAAGUCCUGCCGGAUCUCCAGAACGGGAGCAAGGAAUUGAGCGACGGACAACUGAUUACUUGUUGUCCCGCUCUGUAGACCAUCUAGAGCGUCCUGCCCCACUUCCCCGACCUGGAGCCCUGCUCUGCUGUACCUCCGAACUUAUAGUGAAUAAAGGGGAAGAAACCUACCGCAAGGCUCGCCCCACCCUCGUCAUCCCAGCUCACUACAUGAGACUUCCAGGGACGCACCCUCUGUCUGGCCAGGCACUGCUGUUGCAGUCAGAUGUACAGAGCGAAUUGGAAACCAUUCAGGCGGAGCUCAGCGCAUGCCACCAGCCCCAGGGUCAGGUUCUGCACAAGGGAGAGCAGGAAGGAGGGACACAAGGGAUGGGGGAAGACCAGGGUGGAGGAGCUGAUGAGUGGACACUGCAGACAGCAGCUCUUCCUGCUGAUCUCUCCAUCCCCAAUUCUCUCAGUCAGGCAGGACUGGAUGUGGUGCAGAUGAACGGAGAAGAUCAGCUUCUGGCUGAAAAGACUUUAAUGGAGCUCAGGGGUGGGAAACCGCUCCCUCACCCCAGGGCUUGGUUCGUUUCUCUGGACGGACGCUCCAACGCGCACAUCCGCCAUUCCUACAUUGACUUGCAAAGGGCUGGAUGCAACAGCAGUUGUGUCGGAAGCAACGACGCCAGUCUGGACUCUGGUGUUGAUAUGAGCGACGUCACACCGGGGCGGCGUGUUCGUGAUAAAGUUGUUGUUAAAACUGAACCUGAGGCUCAACCUGCAGCACCUGUGGUUGGACAUACACCGGUAUUGAUUGUAGAGGAUUCAAAUGCCGAUGAGGAGAACAGCGGUAGCCCCACGCCAGUCUGCAGCCCUGAAGAAAGUGCUCUAAAGGGUUUACUGCAGGAGAAACAGAGCGAAGAGGAUGACGAAGGGACUUUGUCUCCUCCGUCACCUCCCCCUGAGAUUCCUUCACCACCUCCUCUACCUGAGCCUGUAGUUGAAACUUCAGAGGAUACAGGGAUAGAUGGUGAGGUUUUUAGGACUGAGGAGACUCCAGUACACAUGAACAGCAGCCGGCCAGACAAACUGCUCGUCCCUGAUGACGGAGGUGAAGACGAGAACAAGAAAAGUCCAUGGCAGAAACGAGAGGAGCGACCACUACUGGCCUUUAACCUAAAAUGACAUGCCUUUCAAUGAGAUGGUACUCCCCAAAUUCUGUUAUCCUUUACUCAUUGUUAUGUUAUUACAAACCUAUUUGACUUACACAAACAACAGUGUACCUUUAUCAAUUAAUGCAUCCUUCUAAAUAUUGUACCCUGCAGAACUUCAUCUGGGUUUACAACCUUGUGAUUUGAAGGAUGACAGAAGCUUUAUUUUGGGAUGAACCAUCUCUUAAAGUGCUUCCCCUGUGGUCCCUAGCUGGACUGCUGAAUGGAGUUGCCUUAUGAGCGCAGGUCUGUGCGUGGCUGUUUGCCUGUGGCAAUGAAAGCCAAGAAAGCCAUAGCACAAAUAGAUAUUGGAACAGGUCUGCCUCCAGACUGAACAAGGAAGAACAAACUGAUGUUUCCAAGCAAAAUGGACGUCAUUAAAACCCAACAGUCUAAUGCACAACGGCUAUGGCUUUCCAGACAUACACUUUGAGCAAAAAAUAUUGCAAGCCAUUGUAUUGAAGGUGAAAUGUUGUUUAUGCUUUAUAUGAGAUGCUGCUGUUUUUGAGCAAUAUGACAUCUAGUGGCCACAUGUGUACACUGCAACUACACCACUAAGUGUUUCCCAGCACUUAUUUUUAUGGGAGGACCGGUGGAAUGUCUUCCACACCUUAAUAGAUUUAAAGACACAUAAAACCACUAUAAUGGGAUCUACAAUCUAAAUCACACCUGUUUUAAGUUUUAUUUGUUUCACGCAUUAAUGAGUAGAAUACAGCUGAAGCUUCGUAAAGCCAAAUAAGUUUACAUAAUGCAUCAUUUGUUCGCCUUUUGGCUGCGUUGAGCACAGAUUUUCUUGUGCAUUUCUUUCGUGAGUAGGAUUUUUGCCAACACUAUGCAUUACUUUAAACUGAAGGAUCAUUGUAGCUUUAGUUUUGCCUUUUUUAUUUGAACCACUGUGUUUUAAUUUCAUUGUAUGUUGUUAUUUUAUUGCUUUUGCCUUAUUGUGUGAAGUGGACGGCAUGUUCAGACGAGAGUUGGAUACAAACACACAUGCAUAAAAAGCCACCAGCUUUCCUUUUCCCAAACUCUCACUUUUGUCUUAAGUGCCUUUCUGGUGAUCAUUUAUACACGCAAGUAGAUUUCCUUUUCCACUGCAUCAUUAUCAGUUAAUGUGAUGUUGUUCUCAGUAUGUUGACAUGGCAUUACACUUCGUUGAUCUCAUUUUAUGCGUGUUAGUGGUUUAAUGUUGUUUCUGGAAAUACAAUGAGUUCCAACGGUCAAAUCUGGGAUCCAAUUAAAAAAUUGCCAUGUACAAUUUAAUAUGAAUCACUUAAGAUGUUGAGAGGAUUGAAACAAUGCGUAGUUAAUGUAAAAUGAGAAAUAUUUAUGAUUCAAUUUAGAUCAGAUAUUAGAAAUUCAAGCUUGUUUAUGCCGUUGCCGAGUGCUGCUGUCAUGCUAAAUGCCGUUUUUUUUUUCCAGUAAGCUAUUCAAAUAUUCUGUUGACAGCAAUACAAAUAUAUAUUUUACAUGAUUAUUAUUUUUUAUUAUUAUUUUUUAAAUAUUUUUAUAUACAAUUUUCACUAAUAAUCUCAGAGUUUUUUACCCUGCUCAACGUUCAGUGCGUUUGUGAUUAUGAUUUUAUAUUUUGCUUGUAUGUAUGUACAUAUUCAUUCACCCAGUUGUUUAUGCCUGUGUGUUUCUCUGUGUGUCUGCUGCAGACGCAAUAUGCAGUGUGUGUUUGUACUGAUGAAGGAAUGAAAGCGAUGUAUCAUGUUUUGAAAGCUGUUGAAGGUCUGGCUUGUUGCCUGGGUAACCACUUGGCUCUUCAGCAAAUUACUUUGAAUGUUUGUACUUCUGGUUGCUUGUAUUAUAAUUCAGGCAUAUUAUUCCAAUAAAGCCGAAAAACCUCAUCAA